CCAAUUUGACGGCUGCUUUACCCUCUACCGCUUUAAACUUUGAAAAUAUAAAUUUGUGAGGCAUUUGCUUCCCCCCUUCCCGAUUCACAUAUUUGACAUGGAUGCCAAGGACGAUGAAGCACGAAGCAUUCCUGAGCUGGAGUUACAGGCUGUUAUCGGUUUUAACGGUCAUGUCCCCUUUGGCCUGAAGCUUCAUCCAGACAAGAAGUAUUUGAUAUAUCCUCUGGGAAGUCUUGUUAUCCUGAAAAGAACCGACGAUGGGAAGCAGGAGUUUCUGCAUGGGCAUUCAAACAAUGUAUCCUGCGUUUCUUUGUCCAAAAGUGGAGUCUACAUUGCCUCUGGGCAGGCCAACGUUGUGGCCGUUAAGGCACCAGUGAUUAUCUGGAACUAUGCAGCGAGAGCAAUCCACGGCCAGCUACUGCUCCACAAGGUGAAGGUCGAAGCAGUCGCCUUCUCUCCCAACGACAAACACCUGGUGUCUCUUGGGGGCCAAGAUGACGGCAGCAUCGUUGUUUGGAACGUCGAGACCAAACAGGCCAUAUGUAAGAGCUCAGCCUCGACGUACGGUUACUGCCUCACCGUGGAGUUCUUCCACACCAGUGAUAACAUCUUCGCUUCAGCUGGCAGUGGAACACUGCGAAUCUGGGAGUUGGAUCUUACCAACAGAAGGAUCUGGCCCACUGACUGCAGGACAGGCAAGCUGAAGAGGACUGUGAAAUGUUUGGAGGUUUCAGUGUGUGAUCAGUAUAUGUUCUGUGGCACAACAAGUGGGGACGUAAUGAAAAUCAACACGAGGUUGAAACUCUUGAAUAACUGUGGUCCAGCUAGAGCAAAGUUCAGCGGGGGUAUCAAUGUCCUCAAGGUGUUGAACUCUGGAGACAUGAUUAUUGGCACUGGAUCGGGUACCUUGGCUCUGUGCUCCAAGAAUAACUUCCAAACUGUCAGGGAAAUCGAGCUGGAGAACGGAGUGACCUCCGUUGCCUUCAGUGACGAGGGAGGGCAGCUCUUAGUCGGCACAGAGGGAGCCCAGAUGUACCGUGUCAGUUUUGAGGAUUUCAAAGCUGAUCUGCUAUGCACAGGCCACAGAAGCACUAUCCAUGACAUAGCCAUUCCUUUUGCCAUGUCCCAGGUGUUUGCAACCUGUUCUGAGGAAGAAAUCAGACUGUGGCGCGUAAACAAGCCCAAAGAGCUAAUGCGUCUCUCUGUGCCCAACGUGACCUGCAACACCCUGUGCUUCAUGAGUGAUGGGCACGGCAUCAUCAGUGGAUGGAGCGAUGGUAAGAUCCGCAUGUUUGACCCGAAAAACGGGAAGCCGCUGCUCAUUAUGAACAACGCGCACAAUAUGGGCGUGACAACCAUCGCCAACUCCAGAGACUCCAAGAAGAUUGUCAGCGGAGGAAGAGAGGGACAGGUGCGUGUGUGGGAGCUACAGCCUCAAAGCCACCAUUUGCUGAAUACGCUGGCGGAGCACAAAGAGGCUGUGACUUGCGUCAAAAUCAAGAGCGAUGACAGCGAGUGCGUCACAGCCAGCACUGAUGGGACCUGCAUCAUCUGGGACUUAGUACGAUUCGUGAGCCUUCAGAGGGUGAUUGCGAACACUCUUUUCCGGAGUGUGUGCUACAAUCUAGAUGAACACCAGAUCAUCACGAGUGGAACAGACAGAAAGGUGCUUUCAGACCCUAAGGACCCCUUGCGGGGUGACGUCACGCGCAUCACCUAUUGGUACGUGUUGGACGGCUCUUCCAUCAGAGAACUGGAGGGCUCCCAGUCAGGGGCCAUCAACACCAUGCACAUCACAACUGACGGCAACCACUUUGUGACAGGUGGAGAGGACAAGCAGCUGAAGGUGUGGGACUAUACGCUCGGAGACGUAACCCAUGUAGGGAUGCCUCUUGGUGCAAGUAUUACCUCCACCAAGAUCUGCUCCAGCAACAACGUCCUGGUCUGUACCACUGCUGACGGAGGCAUUUGGCAGUGGAAGUUUCCUCACCCUCCCUCUUCCUAAUAAACUCUUAAAGUAGCA